AGACCAUCAGCAACGAUGACGCCCUCUACUGCUGCCCUCAGUUUUGAAGACGUAGUUAAAGUAGAAUUCGACUUCGCUGUCAGGACAGUUAAAAGGGCGGCUAUUAAGUUUUCAGAAGUCGACGACACUGUUGAUGCUGAUAGUACUUCAUUGGCAGCAAGUCCUCCGGGUAGCCAUCAUUUAGGCGCGUUGAUACAGGCGCUUAUAUCAGAGUUACGCGGUCGAAAGCCACAUGUUGGGCGUGAACUACUCCAUGCUGUUAGUCACGAGUUGGUCCUCUAUGGUCACUUACGGUCACUUGAAUUUUACGAGGGACUUGGAAAAAGCAUCACAAAUCGACAGAAAAUGCAGUUCAUUUUUCGCGGAAUGCAAGAUCCUAGUUUUGACGGUGACUUUGUGGAAAUAUUUCCUGACUUGGUUGGUUGUGGCGUGAUAAGCGUGGAGAAAGCCUCUCUCUACACACUACGAAGGGAACCAUAUAACUUGUCGGAAGAGCAGACUAGAAGACUCGUGUUGGAGCUAGUUGAAAAUGUUUGUGAUGAUGUUGAUCAAACUGUGGCGAUGGUGAGACGAAUGUAUCACCCUUCGGAAGUAGCUGAGUCCAAUGCAUGUUGGGAUGCAAUUAUGGAGACCAUGUUUUUUGAUGAUAUAGUACGACUGUCGUCUCAGCAAGAGGAGGAUGUGCGCAAGACAAUUUGUGGCGUUUUCCCGGAAGCGAGUGAAGCCGUAGAGAAAUGGAUUCAACGACGUGAGGAAGAAGGCGAUACGGAUUCUCUGGACUCCUUCGUGGUCUCCGAUCUCGAUGAAUUUGAUGAUGACAGCGAUGGUGCUACAGAAGCUACUACAGCUUCUGUCGAGGGGGAAGGCGCUAUUGAAGAGGACGAUGUGGAUAAUUAUAUGAGUGCUGUUGAUAACGAGGAACGAGCGGUGGAGGCAUCAACUGAAGGUCACGGUCGCCUCAGAAAGGCUCGGGAUGUCCCCACGAGAAGAGACGGUAUUGACUUCUCCUCGACGGCGGACAAUAACACGCGAUCGAAUAGUGAGAAUGAUUACGAGUGAUAGUAUCAGACUGUCAGUAGUUCCGUUCAUUAAAGCAGACGUAAACAUGAUUGAUAGUAUAG